UUGAAGCUCAUCACAUGAUCAGCUGCUGACCGCGGAUGGACGCUGGGUUUUCGGGAUCCGUCGUUUGGGCAGUAGUGCAGGACCCGCUCCGUUCCUCCAGACCGAGCUCGAGCAGCCGUUCGGGGCCGCGGUGAACCGGCAGUUUGUUUGUGAGUGAACGGAUUAGGUGGCGAACCUGGCGCUGCUGGUGGAGUGGAUGAUGAACGGACACGCCAUUCUGUACAGCGGGGUGACUCUGGCCUUCUGGAGCACCAUCCUGAUCGUCGGUAUUUGUUAUACAAUAUUUGACCUUGGAUUUCGGUUUGAUGUAGCAUGGUUUUUGACCGAGACUUCCCCGUUUAUGUGGGCCAACCUCGGGAUUGGCUUGGCCAUCUCCCUGUCUGUGGUUGGAGCAGCUUGGGGUAUCUACAUUACUGGCUCCAGCAUCAUCGGUGGAGGUGUCAAGGCUCCGAGGAUUAAGACCAAGAAUCUUAUCAGUAUUAUCUUUUGUGAAGCUGUUGCCAUCUACGGGAUCAUCAUGGCUAUUGUCAUAAGUAAUAUGGCAGAGAGCUUCAGUGGCACAACACCAGAGACAAUUGGGGCAAGGAACUAUCAAGCAGGUUACUCCAUGUUUGGUGCUGGGCUUACUGUUGGCUUCUCAAAUCUUUUCUGUGGCAUCUGUGUCGGCAUCGUGGGCAGUGGGGCUGCCUUGGCUGAUGCUCAGAAUGGCAGCCUCUUCGUUAAGAUCCUCAUUGUCGAGAUCUUUGGCAGUGCCAUCGGAUUAUUUGGAAUCAUUGUAGCCAUCUUGCAGACAUCGAAAGUAAAAAUGGGGGAUUAGAGAAUGUGAUGCCUGCAAGAUGAAUCAACCACCCAGAAGAAAGACGCUGUGGUUCAGGCACAGACCGACUGUGUAAAUACAUAGUAAAUUAUUUAAAUGUAUUUUUUUUUUUGUGUGUCUGUUUUUAACCAUUGUUUCCUGAAGAGUGAAAUGAGUAAUGCUUUGUCUAAAAGGAUUCAUGGUCUUUUGAACACAGAUCCCUAAGGCAAAAGCCUCCCCCCUCCCUGUUGAACUGUUGAUCGGAAUAAAAUUACAAAAUAAUUUAGUGGAGGAAGAAUUAUAAUGGCUGUGUUGAUAUCUAUAAACUUCUAUAUUCAUUAAUGAUAGUAAUUUAAUCCAUUAGUUAUUCAUGUAUUUUUUCUUUUUAAUUCCCCUUUUUAUUUGAAAUGUGCAAAUAAGCAUUUAAACACAUAAGACAUAAAACUUGAUACACUCUGUAGUCCCUAAACAGAGAGCCCCUUUGAGCACGGUACGUUUGUGGCGGUUUUGAAGUUCGUUAGGCCUGUAGAGUUUACUGUGAUUGCUGUUCUGUACUAUACAAAAGUAAAUCUUGCAACCAGUGUGGUUCUUUGAGGUAGUCUGGCUGUAAAUACUUUUUGCUCCACUGGAGUUCAUUCAAGACAUUAAGGGGGUAGCUUCUUAAACAGGGACAAAGUCUAACCUUGGACUGUACAGCAUUUUGAAUGGAGAUUUUUUUUCCAUUGAAAGAUAAAUAUUGUUUAUGACUUGGCUGUCUGGGAAACUGCCCCCAAGUGUCUAUUGUAAUGUUCUAAUGAAAAGAAAUUUUUUGAUCCUUGAUUGUUGUUUAUUUUCAUGCGUUGUGUUCAUCCCGGGAGUCAGUACACAACGCUGCACCGCCUGUAAGUAAAUACUGAUUAUUUCAAAUCAGUCUGUUUAUUGCUCUAAUCCUGCUUCCCAGGUUUAUCUGGUUCUCAGUCGUCGGCUCACUCUUCAGUUCUGUUUGGUUAAAAACCAGAGGGUAUAAAAAUCUAAAGAGAGUGUGUGUGUAUGUAUGUAAGUAUGCGUGUACAUAUAGGAGCACGUAAAAGUUUAUAUGUGAGGCAUGAGGGUGUUUACCAUUCUGUAAUUCCCUGUUUGUAUGUGGUCUUAAUUUUCUUUUUCUUAUUUUGGUUUAUUUUUGUAUAUCAGAGCAGGAAGUGGUCUUGAUCGCAGCUAUCUCUGGUUUUAUCUGUUGACUGUAUAUGAACUUCUUUUUACAGAAGAUGUUUUUUUUUUCUCUGUUGCUCAGGUUUCUAACAGGAAUACUCCAGAGUUUUUCCACCUAAUCACUGUAUGCAUAGCUUACAGUUCAUUCCUCAUGGACAUCAACUGUGCUGAUGUGUUCCUCUGUGUACAAAGGAAAUAUUUCUUCUCAGUGUACAGGGGUCACAUGCAGGAUCUCUGCUACUUGACGGCUACAGAUGCAGAUGGCGAUUAGGUAGAAAAUGGUGGAGUGUUCCUUUAUAUCUAUAGGUCAGUGUUUUCUCAGUUCUGAGUCCUUGAGCCCCUUGCUCUUCACAUUUGGGGGUUCCCUAAUUUAAGUUUGUAAGGAUUUGGUAACAGUCUGAGUCCAGUUUUUCAAACACAUCUUUAAAUUAAGACUGUCUGAACAUGGAGAGAAUGCUCAGUAUAAUGCUCGGUCGGCCAUCUAAGAAUCUCCUUUGUGCUAAGAAGCUUUUGGGAGACCCACUCCUGAUUAUUUGAAUGCCAGUUGUUAGGAACUGGAGAAGCAUUACAUUUGUAGAGCAGCAGCGGGUGCCAGGAUCACGACUGAGAAACACUGUGGGUGAUUGUUUUAAGAGGCAAGUUGCUGUGAUGUUUGGUCAGCUGAAUUUCAGAAUUUAGAUUUGGAUCAUUUUGACUGUAAGGGGUUAAAAUGGUCUAAAAAAAUCUGUUUUGAUUGCUUGCUCUCUCUUGAAAGCAGGGGUAGUCAGCCAAAAUAUCUCAACCCCGUUUGACCAGUUGGCCUUUACUUGUUUUUAUUUUUUAUUUUCCCUUUAACUGUUAAAAGGCAAAAUCCAGCAUUUUUCAACCUAAUUGCGAUAUGCUGCUGUACUCAAAGGCUAUGUUCACACAACAGGUAAAGGACAUGCUCAAAUUUUUGAGAUGUGAUGUGUGAUUGAUUGUAUGGAAAAUAAAAAACACAGAAUUUGACUUUUUUUUUUUUUUUGCUUUUUCAGUGAUUUAGUGACUCCAGCUGCAACCACUUUAACUUCUUAAUAGUUCCUGUGAUGCUGGAGAAGAUGAAACUGAAACUGCAUGUGAAGCCCAGCUCUUUAGCCUGUGAGCAUCAGUUUUAGGGGUGUGAACUGUUCAGACCAGUGUCUGAUUUAGUUCACAUAAAAUAAAAGGUGGAAACAGCCCAAAACAUUAGGUUCUGUGGCCCUUUUUUACCUGCUGUGUGAACAUAGUCAUAUUAAACUACAGUUUAAACAAGGUCUAAAGGCAGGGAAAACAUUAAACUAAUGCAGACGUUGUAUUUCAAACAGCUUGAAAAAUGCUAGAGUUUUUUGUGUUUACUCAUGAAGUUUUCAGAUUGUAGCAAGAGCAUUGCCUUUUAAUAAAAAUCACAACAGAAGCCAAAAUUUGUCAAAGCAAACUUCAAUCCUGCAACAGACUUUUCACGCUCGUGUGUGUUUUGUGUGUUCACGUUUCUUUCAAAGCAUUCCAAUGAUCAGUCAUGAUGUAAAGUUGAAUCUGCUCUGGUUUCUCUGGUGUCCAGGAAGGACGUUAUAGAGACCUGGACGCCUUCAGGUUAAACACCCAGGCUUGGCGGGGUUCACUCAUAGUUUUAAAGAUUCAGAAUUCUCUUGAAAAUCCCACUCUCUUGACUAUGCCUCCAGUGAUUGUGUUUGAUAUGUUGAUGUGGUGAUUCCAUUGUUUUGACGUGCAAAAGUGGAUCCUCUUGACUUCAUAUUGUUAAUGAACAAAUAAAACUGUCCAAACCAA